GCGAAACACCAUACAAACGUGUUUGACUUUCGGCGUUUGACGAAAUAAAAUAAUUCUUAUACAAAUAGUACUCGAUGUCAUUUAAGCCAACAUGGACAAUAAUCAUCCGGAUUUAACAGUAAACGAAACUGUUCAAGAUAGUCAUUUCAAUUUGGAAAAAUCAACGCAAUCUUAUUUGUUGUUAAAACAAAAAAUUUGUAAAACACACGAAGUCAUUAAACAAUAUAACGAUAAAUUGAAAGAAUGCGAGCGAUUAAAAACAGAUUUAGAUGCAGCAACUAAGCAAACAAAAAAAGUUACAUGUAAUUAUAAUUCUACAUUAGCCAAAGUUAUUAAAUUGGAACUUCAAAAUACAGAGUAUAAGAAAAAUAUUGAAACUUUGGCAACACAAGUGAAUGAAUAUCAAAUAAAGACAGCAGCAGACCAACAGUACAUACAACAAUUAGUAUGUAAAAUAAAAGAUACAGAUGGACAACAAAAUGAAAAGAUUAUGGAGUUUGAUUUAGAAAAAUCUUCUUUACAAAUGAAAGUUAAGGAAGUAGAACAGGAACUAAAAAGUGUUAAGAAAUCUUAUGAUAUGAAGAUCAAAAAGAUGGAAAAACAAAUUUCCGUAGAAAGUAGCAACAAUAAUAACAACAAAGUAAAAAUGAAAGACAUUGGAACAAAUACAAUAGCUGCUAAUGACGAAAUAGUGAAACAGCCGGAAGUCGCGGAUAAAUGUAUAAUGACCGCUGAAUUUUAUAAAGUAAAAGACGACAUAUAUCCCAUAUUUUGCGCGAAAUGUGAAGUCCUAUUGGAACCAGCCCCCCUUGAAAAAAUAUGCAAUAUUAUGACGAAAUCGUGUCCUAGGCUUAUCGGACAAAUUUCUUCUCCUACCAAAAAACCGCCACCACCUUUACAAAUAUCAACAGAAGUUAACAACGAACACUGGAAAACUGAAAACUUAUUGCCAGUGUCUGGAACACCGCCGCCGCAUUUACAGAAUCAAAACAAUGACUCGGACUUUAUGAAUGCAAGCCUUUUACAUUCUCACGCGCCAAUUGGAUUAAACCAUGCAAAUUAUUGCAAUAAUUUCCCUCAAAGUUCCAAUUUAAUGAAUCAAGCUAGUUAUUACAUUGGAUCGAUGCCGGUUAAUCCUCUGUUAUUGGCAAACCCGAAUAUAACCGAACCAAACAAUCAUUCGAAAGAUAUAGCAUCUUCGUUGUCGCUUAUUUCUUCGUUACAAAAGAGGAUAGACUCGCUAGAAAUAAAAGUGAAGAAGAAAUUCAAUAAAAGGAAAUUGGAAGAGAGCAACAACUUUUGGCAACACAAACAUCCAAGUCCUUGUUAUAUGUGUAACACUAAUAAUUCUAUGCAGUUGAAUUUGAUCGAUAUGUGGAAGACAAUGUCCGAUAUUUAUGAUAACAAGGCGAAGAGACAAUUUAAUGUAAAUAAGCGUAGUAAUAAAAAUUUGAAUAAAUACAAAUUGUCUCGGUUAAAACCUAGAAAGAGGUUGCAAAGUGGGUAUACUGGUUCUUGGGAAGUCGAGUCAGUUGUGAAAAAAAUUGAACCGAGUCCUAACAGAAAGAGGUCAAAGAAAUGUAAACAUCGGCAUUCUACGCUGCUCGAUAAAUCUAAUUUGUUGUCAAAUGAAGAAGAAGAUUUAGAUAAGUCAAUUACUGAUUCCGAUACAGACUCAUACGAUGUUUUAUUUGACGAUAGUCCUCGCAUAGAUACAGAUGUGAAAAUUGAGGGAAAAAAUGUAUCGCGUGUAGAAUUGCCUACUACUCGUUCGAAAUCUAAAAAUCGUUUGAAAGCAACAUGUUCCACUCAGUCUACCGAUGUAGAUGAACCCGGAAGUGUACAAGCCAUACGAAACUCUGUUGAGUCUGUUAAAUCUAUAGGAGGUGAAACCGACUCAGGAAUAUUGUCAGAUUCGAUCGAAUCUUCUAAACAACUGGAAUUAGAUGUAAGCGCAUGUUCAAAUGCGAGUAAGUGUAACAAUAUGAUAGAAGCAAAGUCUUCCGUACAAGAUAUAUCAUUUUUCACUGAAAAUGUUAAGUCAGGAAAGCUUCGGUCUGCAGAGCAAUCCCCUAUAAAAGUAAUUAAAUCUAAUGAACUAAUAGACACAAGUAUUAAUUCCGAAAUACUAAACUCAGAUGAACGCAACGAUAAAACGGAGGAUGAAAAAGAAACAGAAGAUUCUCAUUUUAAUGGUGCAAUAUCUCAAACUAAAUCUACCUUCAACGACGUGUAUUCUACCAGAAAGAGGAAAAUGAGCGAACGUCAGGACUCGAACAAGCGUGGCGGCCGAAAAGAUUUAUUUACAAAACUAAGAAAUUUAAGAAAGAACAGUCAAAUUAAAAAGAUGAACCAGAAUGUUUCGAACCUUCAAGUACAAAACUGUAACCACGAAAAGCCUCACAUUCCGCAAAAACAAAAUCAUUUAGCCAAUAAAACAGUGUCUAGUAACAAUAAUAAUUGUAUACCUAUAAAAAGAGCUCGUAUCGCACAUAUACCUAAAAGUACAAUAAACAAAAAAAAGAAUUCACAGGUCGGAAAAUGUUUCGUAAAAAGUAUAACAAAUAGAAUGACAUCACAAGUCAGUGCUGAUAAUAGUAUUAAAGUUAAUACAAAUACGAUGGAGCAAACAUUCAAUGAGCCAUUUUCAGCUAUGGAGGGAAUUGAAAAGGAUGACGGUAAUGCAACGUUAGAAAAGAAAUCUAAUAACGGAGUAGAGGAGUUAAAACCAAAUUGUGUAAUAUUUAUUGCUGACAUUAAACAUUCGUCCGAAAAUGAUUUGGAAAUACGAACUUCAUCGAGUAUAGACGUGGAUUGUUCUGAUAAUUCUACUAGCCUUUCUAAGCCCGUUAUGAAUGAUAGACCCAAAAAAAUAAUGGAAUUAAAUGAAAUGGAGAUUGAAUCGAACGAGGAGCGCGAAAGUUUAAAAGAGAAGAAUGAAAAUGAGCAAACUGCUGAAAUGACUGAAAAUUCAAAUAUUAACGAACCUCGCAAUUUAGGAAAAGAAUCUGUUUGCGAGGUAGACUUUCAACUUAAUCAUGACAAAUGUAAUUACAAUGGAAGUCGUGCUGAUUCUGAACCCGACUUGGAAAUAUGUAGCGAGAGUAUCCAAAAUAUUAUAAAGAUCGAGCAUUCGUACGACUCCAUUCAUUCGUUUUCAAAUUCAAAAUGUAUACAAUCGAUCAAUGAUCAAGAAAAUGAUACAAAAGAAGGAAACUUGAACAUCGAAGAUGCAACCAAUGUCUGUACAGAGCAAGUAAAUUCCAAUACAAUGAUCACAUUAACAUCACAUCAUCCACUUAUGAAACUGAAAGAGUAUGUUAGUGAAAGUAAAUUUCAAAGUGAGAGCCGUAAAAAACAAUUUAAAAAACAUCUGCAUAUUUAUUCGAUAACAAAUAAAUUUGUAAAAAAGCAAUUAAAGAGGCUUGUGGAUGGUGACUGGGAAACAUCUGUACAUUGGGAUGUAAUUGAAAAAUUGAAAUCUACCUGCACUCCUCGUAUCAUAGCAAAGGGAAUCGUGGAUUUAUUAAGUACACUGGAAGAAUGCGAGAAGAGUUUAGAUAACACUCACACACCGCCUGCACCGUUAAUGACAGUAACACAGCAAAGAAUUGUUGCGUUAUUAGUUGAUUUAGAAGGAUCAAAGCCAAUGAUUUUUCAGUUUGUUCAGGCUGGCAUAGAAUACAAACUGUAUAGAAUUAACCAGACAAUAGAGAAGUCAGUCGUGGAGUCACUUGCCAGGAUGUACACCGUUCUGGCGCGAAUAAAGAAAGACAGAGAAAGAGUAAGGAUAUUUUGUUGCGAUGCUCUGUAUUGUUUGGGACUUAAUGCAAUACUUGUUUUAUAUACAGUAUUCACCUGUUGGCCAGAAGUAUUCCCAAAUAGUGAAACAAACAAUGAACUUUUGCCAAAAUGCAUGGCGCAUCUCAUCAUGUCGCAACAAGCCCAGAACUUUCCCAAGCUCAAUGCUCUGAAGAAUUUAGUAUCAGUAUUUUAUAAAUAUCAAAUGGGGACAAUUUCGAAAGAUGUGUUGAACAAACUUUUAACAGCUCUUCAAGAAAAGUCUAGCGUUGAAGUGGAAACAGCCAUUUUACUUUUGGCGAAGAAAGAAGGCACAGUGUGGACGUACCAGAACAUCAUUAAAAGUGCACUAUUACCAAUGAUAAUUAAUAAUAAACUACCGAGCACGUACAGAGCAUUUUGUUUGCUUGGUAAUCUUAUGCGCGCGUUUCCAUUAGCAGACAACGAUAAUGUGGUCUGUGGAAUUAUAGAACAAUUAUGUGACUUAAGCAAAUCCGGCGAAGGAUCGGAAGAACAACAAGAGGGUAUAGUCUCAGCAUUGCUGAGCUUGUCUAGACACAGAUUCAAUGAUGUGGUGUAUACUAUAAUGGAUUGGACCCCAACUGCACCUCUUUGUACUCGAACUACAGUACAGCUCAAUAGACUAUUCAAUUCUCGUCAAUUGGAAUACUGGACGUGCUAUUUAAAAAAGAAACUAUCCUCACAGCAACCGCGUAAACAAUGUAAAACAUAA